AAAAAAAAUAAGAAUUAAGGACAUACAUAUCUAAAAAGUUUUAAUAACAUAUUUUUAAAAAAUAAUAAAAAAAAUAUUACAAUAAUUUAUUAAAAAAAAAAAGAACAGAAGCAAAAAUAUAAAUUUGCUCAAUAGUUCUAUAUGGUAAUGGCAGAUAUACAUAGUGGCCAUAUAAAUAUGCCACACCAAUUUCAUCAUCAUCGUCACCAUCAUUAUCACGAAGGAUUUUUGCAACCAACUCUUGUUGAAAAUGAAAAUCAUCAAAUGGAUUUUAAAUUUCCUCAAGGAAUAAAAAUGGAACCGAAAAAAUCUCAAUGCGUUGGUUGUUCACGUGAGAUUCAAGACCAAUAUAUUUUGCGAGUGGCACCUGAUCUCGAAUGGCAUGCAGCAUGUCUUAAAUGUCAAGAAUGUAAUCAAUUUUUAGAUGAAAGCUGUACAUGUUUUGUUCGCGAAGGCAAAACUUACUGUAAGCGAGACUAUGUCAGAUUAUUUGGUACUAAAUGUGAUAAGUGUGGAUGCUCAUUCAGUAAAAAUGAUUUUGUGAUGCGAGCAAAGACAAAGAUUUAUCAUAUAAAAUGUUUUCGAUGUACAGCGUGUGAAAAGCAAUUGAAACCUGGUGAUGAAUUUGCACUGAGAGAUGGUGGUACAUUAUACUGUAAAAUCGAUCACGAUCAAAUAGAAAAAUUAAAGUCUGAAGUUAAGCCAUCGUGUCAGUUAACUGAAUUAAACAACAAUAGUAAAAACGACUGUGUAACUAAUGAUAAUAAUCAAAACAUCAAUAAUCAAACUCCAAUCAAACAAACAUUGUGCAAUAUAAAACGUUCAUCCUCUAGUGAUUUUGGUUCCAUAUCAGAUUCUGAUAGUGAAUCUGAUUCAUACAAAUCAUCAAAUCGAAGAGAGAAACAGACACAUACAUUAAACGGAAAACCGGCAAGAGUGAGAACUGUAUUAAAUGAAAAACAAUUGAGUAUGUUAAGAGCUUGUUAUGCCAUGAAUUCGAGGCCUGAUUCACUAGUAAAAGAACAAUUGGUGGAAAUGACGGGACUAUCACCUCGUGUUGUUCGAGUUUGGUUCCAAAAUAAGAGAUGUAAAGAUAAGAAAAAAGCAAUUGAGGCUAAGUUGCAAAUGCAACAGGAAAAGGAAGGAAAGAUUUCAUUUAUGCAUGGCAUUCCAUUAAUAGCAUCUCCGCCUGUAAAACAUGAGUCGCCUAUAAAUUAUCAAGGAUACGAAGUUACCAAAUAUCAACCGCCAUGGAAGGUUUUUUCAGAAUUUGCAAUGCAAAAUGAUUCUGAAAAUGAUACACGUACAUCAACUCCUGCAUUUCAACAUCUUGUUAAUCAGCUCCAUGGAUAUGAUCUAGGAGAUGACGUUAUCAUGAACAAUUAUUCUGAUCAUCAUUUAGAUUGGCACAAAAAUCGAGACAGCACAGACUCAUAUCAAGAAAGUGAAGAAAGUGUGGCUGGAUCACUGUAACAUUUAACGAAAAUUUUCGCUUGUAAUUAAUUAAGAUGUACACAAAACGAAACCUAUAAAAAAUACACUAUAAUUUUUGGUGUUUUUAAAAAUGCCUAAGAAUGC